AGACGCUUCCUGAGUGUGACCGACCUAGCGCCCUCGACGGGUAUCUGCUCAGGAGGUACACUCGGGCUCGUGUACAUUUUGGCGAGCGUUUCGGCGCAAAUAUGGUGUUCGAGAGAAAAAUGCUCACUAACGGCGACCCCGAAGACGAGGAGGAGGAUGCCCCUGAAGAGGAAGAGGAGGAGGAAGAAGAGGAGGAAGACCUGGUGGACCCCCUAGAAACAAUCCGCGCCAAGUGUGAGCAAACUGGACACUGUGCACACUACAAGGAGCGUCUGGAGCUCUGUGAGGCCCGCGUCACCUCCAGAUCGAACACUGUAGAAGAGUGCACUGAAGAGCUGUUCGACUUCCUGCAUGCACGCGACCACUGUGUAGCAAGCAAGCUGUUCCACAAUGUAAAAUAAUCAGCCCACCCAGCAGCUGCAGUUGUGUGAUUGACGUGACUAACUGUAAAAUAAGUAGGACAGUGCCUGCAACUUAUUUUCCUAUAUUAAUACAGUACACUGUGUGGAGGACCUGGGCUGAACACACCAUCCUCACUGUACAUUGCAUAAAGGGUACGAGUCAGUUUGUACAUAAUCGAUUCUGGCUUGUACAGAAAGACUCAGGUUCAGACUUUCGAUAUGUGGUCAGUUCAUAUACAGUAUAUAUACAGUAUAUAUAUAUAUAUAUAUAUAUAUAUAUAUAU